AUGGCCGCAGAGGACGUCGAUGCGAUGCUGGUGCUAGCUAGCGCCCUGGUCGAUCAGGAGGAGACGCUGCACGAGUGCCUGGACACGCCCUGCGACUCCGCGUGGAUGAUGUUGUACACGCGCGGAAGCGACAUCAAAUUCCUAAACGCGACGCGCUUGACCAGCACGGCACGCGGGCGGCCCCCGAAGCUCCGACACUACCACCAGAUCCUGGGCCUGGUGCUGUGCUUUUACGUCGGGUCGAUGGAGCAGAGCUCCCUGUGUAUGAUGUUUGGGGCUCCGCCGAGCACCAUAUCGAGGACGCUACGCCGCGCCGAGGAAGUGCUGUCGCUGGCGCUAAAAGGCUACGCUCCUGCCAGAAUCUCUUGGUCCUCGCCUGCUCGCCAAGCCGAACUCGCAAAGCUUGUGGAAGCCCGCGAGCCGCUUCCCAAACACACAUUCGGCUUCAUUGAUGGGAAGAACUUAAGGGUUCAGCAGCCGUCGAAUGCGGACUUGCAGAACGCCAUGUAUAACGGGUGGUUGCACACCAUUUUCGUGACUGGCACAAUCUGCUUCGCAGCCGACGGCUGCAUCAUUUGGUGUAAGCACAAUUGCCCCGGGUCGUGGAACGACUCCGACACCUCCUUGGGCUUCCGUUCCAAGUUGCUCGACCCUACCCUCUGCCCGGACACACGUAUGAACGUGGUGUCGGACUCGGCCUUCCCGUGUUCGACCAGCAUGGUCGGUCGCAUCCUGACUCCUCUCAAAGAUGGCGAUCUCGAGAGGAUUCUCCCGUCGCUGAGAAGCUCCGCGCGGACGCUUCAUAACGCCAUCACGUCCGUGAGGCAGGCGGCGGAGUGGGGCAUGGGGAGCAUGCAAAAGGUGUACAGCCGCUUGUCCUCCCCCUGCCGCGAGAUGGAGCUAUCCAGCGAGUAG